AUGGCCGGCGACGCCCCUCCAUGGAUUGCAGCACUGAAGCUAUGCAGUCAGGCCAUCACUGAAUACGGAUUGCAGAAGCAGUGGCAAUCUGCCGUUGGUUUGCUUGCUGCAGUGCGGGAAGAAGGGAUCCCUCCAGACCUGACGUUAUACAGAAAAACGCUCAACGCGUGCCGCGAAAGUGGUCGAUGGAUGGAAUGCAUGCACGCACUGCGAUAUCUCCGACAUGUCCAGAGACAAGGCCUUCGGGCAGGUGCGGUUCUGUACGGGGCAACUAUGGCAAGCGCAUCUGGCUUGGAGUCGUCCACCAGUGGCGUGAGCUUCACUGUACAGUGGCACAGGGCUGUGCACGUGCUACAUGGCAUGCGAGAGGACGACGCGAAGACAGACGCGGCUUCCUGGCGCAUUGUCAUCUCCGCAACCGGACAGGCAGCUCACUGGAUGUGCGCGGCACAAAUGCUUUCAGAGAUGCGCCGGGAGUCUUUGGAUACUGGAGCUGAAGCUUACACAGGCGUGAUGCUAGCUGCCUUGAACAGAGACGUUUGGCCCGCCGUGCUCUCCCUGUUUCGCGACCUGCGACGCGAGGGAGGUGCCUUGAGCACCGCGGUCUUCAACGCAGCCAUGCUGGCCACUGACCUCGCUGGCCCUAGUGGCCCGCGCCGCGCCUUGCGCCUGCUACGUGCUGUGCAGCGCCUCGGCGCUGCGGAGCCCAACGUGUUGAGCGUCACGAUGGCAAUGAUGGCCGCGGAUGCGGCGGACCAGGUUGCGGGCUGGAGACGUGCAACGCGGAUUUUGCAGGACGCGCGCUGCUGCGGCGUGGAGCCCAACAGGGUCGCCUACACAGCGCUGGCAGGUUUACAAGAGCAAGCUGAGCGCUGGCAGCUUGCGCAAUGCCUCUUUGGAGAUGCGCAAGCUGCCCGGGUGACCUUCGAUUCUGCAGGCUAUCGCACAGCACUUCGCGUGGCGAUCGGACCCGGAGCAAUGUUCGACGCUCGCAAGCAUUUGCAAGCAUUGUGCACCUUCAUUGAGGGAGCCAUUUCAUCCGAUGAGACGAAUUCCGGCGCUCCGGGGCCUCGCUACCGUUUAGCGCCGCGGCAAGAUGACUUGCGAUUUGCACAGCGCCGACCCGGCUCUUGGGAUCACAGCGUCGUGGAGGAGGAUCUGGACCUUGAGGACUCUGUCCCGGAAGACACCCUGACCAGAGAAUGGACAUGGGCUCCUGGAGCAGGACCUGUGGCUGAUGAGGAGUUCUACGGCUAUGUGAGCUCUAGCAAAUGGAAGGCCAAGUGGUGGAACCCCGCCGCAGGGCUGCCACAGCAGCCGGAGCGCCGUGCCACUGUCAAUGCGAUGAUCGCUGAGUUGGUGGCGAGCGGCCAGCCCAAGGAAGAGAUUUAUCGCGCUAUUCGUGAAGCAUACGAUGUCCAAGAGGAAGAUGAUCAUGACGGCGACCCUUCGCGAUGA